AUGGCACAUUUGCUAACAAUGGUGAUAGACGGUGUUGGAAGCUUCGUCAAAACGCUGUGGGCACUGCAGGAACGCCGAUGGUCCUACACAUUCGACGCUGUGGCCUCUGCUGCGGUGUCAGUAACCAUGACAUUGCUCUUCUGCAUCUUGUCUAUCCGUAGUAGUCAUAGGCAUAGACGAGGUGAUAUGGUAGUUGCCUUUACCUCUUUCUGA